AUGGACUUUAUUGUGGCUCUACCGAAAUCCGAAGGGUUCGAAAGUAUCAUGGUUGUUGUGGAUAGAUUUAGCAAGUAUGCUACUUUUAUCCCUGCCCCGGCGGACUGCAAGGUAGACAAGGCAGCUCGCCUCUUCUUCAAGAAUGUUGUGAAGCUGUGGGGUUUCCCAAGAUUGCUAUUUGAGGAGCCGAAUAUCACAGAUGGCCUAGGUUGGACCUUUAUAAGUGACCAGCAAAAGGGAUUUAUAAAAUCCAUUAGUACAUUGACACCAUUUGUUGAGCAUCACAAUUGUGCAAGGGAUGUCUAUUAUAAUUGGAAAAAAGAAUUCAAAGGGCAAGCAUUGAAGAACAUAUUUUGGAGAGCUGCAAGGAGCACAUAUGAGGCCUCUCUAAAUGAAGCACUUAAUGAACUAAGCUGCCAGGGAAUGAAGUUUUAUAAGGUUUACAUUUCUGAUAUACCAAAAUAUGAUAUGAUAAAUAAUAAUGUAGCUGAAACUUUUAAUGGGUAUAUAAUUAAGGCUAGGGGAAGACCAAUCAUAGAUAUGCUUGAGGGUAUUAGAGCUGCAUUAAUAGAGAGGCAACAUAAUAAGCUUAUGGGUAUGAGUGGCAUAACUAAUAGCAUAUGUCCUAGGAUUAGAGCUAAACUAGAGACUAAUAAAUAUAAUUCUAGAUUAUGCAUUAGUAAGCCACCUGUUGGGGAUAAAUUUCAGGUUGCAGUAGGAGAUGACCAGUUUGUUGUCGAUUUAAAGAAAUGCACAUGUAGCUGUAGGUCAUGGGAUAUUACAGGAAUCCCUUGCAUGCAUGCAUGUUCUAGUAUCCAUUUCAUGAAGAGAGGCAUAACUGAUUUUUUUGAUGCAUAUUUUAGUGUACAAAAGUACACUGAAUCAUAUAGCUAUCCUUUGGAGUCUAUCAAUGGUAAGAAAAUGUGGCCAGCAGCUACUGGUGCUCCCAUCUAG